AUGAUCGUGAUGUCUUUAUUGUUGGCUGUGUUGGCAGGUGGGUGGUCUUUGACGGAUAUGAAGGCGGAGUGUCGGGAGAGUUAUGAGUGUUGCUUGUCGAAUGCGUGUCGGCCGUUGGCGAUUGCUGGGAAUCCGUUGGGUUGUAUGGAGCAGACGGAUUGGUCGUGUCGCUUCCGGACGUUUGGGUAUGGACAGGCGUACAUGGAGGAGAUCUAUACGGGGAAGCCGUUGAAUGGGUGCAGCAGCGAUGACGCGGGGCAGGUGAUUGUAUCGAUGCCGGAUGAGUUCUUCAAUGGGCGGUUUGUAUGGCAACAUGGGAACUUGACCGUGGGUCCUUUAUCCGCAGCAGGAGUUGAGCCGUGUUAUGCAACUGACUGGUUUGUGCAAUUUGCGACGUGGCCUGUAACGAGUUGCGUACAACGCGUGGACCAACUGUACUAUAAGGCGAACGACUACGUCCGCCUGAACGCCUACGACCCCUUCAACUCACCCUCCUCCGACCAAGCCACCCUCGUAACCGGUGCCUAUCUAACACUAGACCUCGCGCCCUUCACCAAUCGAGGAAACGACUCUGGCGCACUCGCAAUCGUCGCUGGCAACCAGGACUGCAGACUGCGCCCUGUUAUCCUCACUGACACCUCGGCCCGCAUCGGCGGCUACCGAAUUACAGGCGGCGGUAAGUCCUAUCAACGUAGACUCCUCACUGUCUGGCUCAACGGCCACGCACGAGGCCUUCUCGGAGAACCCGAACUCGUCACCCCACCCGCAGACUUAACCGCGCCGGCCCGCGCGGUCGCAUUCAAAGAAGAUCCAAACCAAGUACAGGCCGAGGCGCUCCAAGGCAUACGCUCCACCAAACCACUCCUCCGCCGCACACCCCUACUCCAACGCCUAGGGACUAUGCUGGAACCCACCUCGUCCCAGCCCACCUCGUCCCAGCCCACCUCGUCCCAGCCCCCCUCGACCCAGUCCAGCCGACCAGAUGACUGGACUGCCAGCCAGGCGCUGACGGCGCAGCCGUUGUGA